UGCGUAGAGGCCCUUGAUAAAAUACAAUCUUACCGGACCUUCGGAACCGACUCGCACGUCUUGAAUACCCGAUUCAAAGCCGCUAGAGCUCGCUUCGAGCGAUGGGGUCCAGGCGUGGGCAUCGAGCAGGGCCGACUGAAGCAUUCUCAUCACCUAGCCCUGGAUGAUAAAGCCGUUUCCGAUGCAGUAGCCGAAUUAUUACAUAUCAUCGUCGAGGCGAUUUGCGAUGCUGGCAAUGUACCUCCCCGUCGAGCUCGGGGUACAGGCUUGGACAACAAGGACUCAGUAGAGCGGGGCCGACCGACGGCCCGCAACACAAUACACGAGUCGAAGACGAAUAAGAUGUCAUGGGCGUUAUGGGGUAAGGGAAAGCGUACAGAGCAAGUUGAGAUAUUCGAAAAACUGGUCCAACAACUGCAUAAUCUGGUGCCCCCGAGUAUGGGGAAUAAUCCAUGGCCAGCGCAAAAUCCAGACGCUGGCCACACUGAUACACUCACUCGAGGUAUGAGCUACGUUGCGCUACGGGACAGGCUGCGUCUGACUAAAAGUAGAAGCUGA